GCCAGUCGUAACUCGUAGUUCGUAUUUCGGUUACAAUUUGAAAUUACGAAAUUCGUUAACAGUAACGAAUUGGGAGUACAGGAGACUCAAUUUUUAAGUUUUAAUUUAGUCCAAACCAUUUUAAUUAGAAAUAAUUUUAUAACAUAGUAUUUUGUGAAUAGGAGUGUUUAUAAAUGUUGCAUUCCUAACUAUAAAAUGUUUUUUCAGAUUGAAAAUACUCCCGAACGUAUAAGAAAAGCUCGAAAACCUAAAGUUGAACCUCAAGCGUCGCCCAAGGAAGAAUGCCCGCGACUCACUUUGGCUCCGUUUACCAGACCACCUACACUUCUUUUCGAGAAUGUGGUGGUCGGGACGUCAUGCGAAAGAUAUUUAGAAUUGUUUAAUCCUUCAAAAGAACACCAAGUGAUAACAUUAAAUAAAUCUCUGCCUGGUUUACAUGUUGAUAUGCCAGAGGGACGUGUAUUAUUAGACUCAGAAUCAUGCUACUGUCUUACUCUUGUCUGGACACCAUUAGAAGUAAUUUCGUGUAGAGAAACCUUAAGGUUUACUAAUGAAAAGAGGGGACGAUUUGAUAUAGUUGUAGUCCUUAAAUCUAUUUUGCCUAUCAAAACUAAAUCUAAACCAUCGCUUGGCAAGAUAAAAAAGAAAAUUUUAAAGAGGUCUCCUGGUAACAUAAACAAGAAAAAAGUGCAACUUAUUAAAAAAGAAACAAGUGAAAUUAUUAAAACUGUCAACAUUACUCAAACUAAAUAUAAAGUGCUGGUCACAAAAAAUGAUGCAGAGUUCAGAGACUCACCUCCUAUGCAAAAUCCAUUUGAAACUGACUAUACAGAGUCUUUUAACACUUCGGAAAUUUUUCCAAACAAAUAUAAACAGCCAGCAGAGUUGUAUACUACAUAUGAUAAACCAAGCAAGAAUGAAGUAACCAAUAGUUUGAAAGCUUCUAAUAAACAGAACCUGGACAAUUCCAUCUCUGAUUUGUUUGAUAAUAUAACAUUUACACCUUUAAAGAGUCUUCCAUCCAAAGUAGAGAAGUUGCAUCAAGGUCCAAAAAUAGUGUGUAGUAUCAAUUCUGUCAGUGACUAUGACGACAGCUUGGAUCCUUCAGAAUCCAAUAAAGAGAAUGAAGCUCACUCCAUUGUAUGUAUAGCAACAUCAAACGCAGGCGAAAAUAGAUGGUCGUAUACCCAACCUAAGUUUAUUCCAGAAUUUGCAACGCCUAAAUUUAUUGAAAAAAAAGUUCCUAAAACUUCAUCACCAAAAGAUGUGAACAGCCCCAAUUUCUCUAUUAAUACUGACUACUCGCGCAUCAGUGAUACGUCGUUCUUUCCUCAACGAUUUUCUACUGAAAGGAAAUCUUGCUUAAAAUUUCAUAGUGAAAGUCAUGAUUUGGAUGAACAGAAAUUGAAUACAGAUACAUUUACAAAGGAAUCGCCCCUUGAGCAAAACAUUAACCAAAUUGACACACGCCAUUUGACAGCCAUAGAACCACGGAUGUGUAGACAAGCCCUGUUUCGAGAUCAGGAGAACAGAUUGUUCAGUGAUUUCAGGUCGGAGAUGAGAUCUCCUCCCAGAUCUAUUUCGCCACCUUUACAGUCAAUUCCCGAGGAAAGUAUGCAAUUGUCUGAAACAUUUGAAAGAAACGAUCCUUACAUGGAAUCAUUUGCCAUCAAUCGAACAUAUAACAAGCCAGAAAAGUCAAUGAAUAAGUCAUCAGUAUGGUCAAAGAAAGCUAUAGUCAAGUCAAAACCCAGUCUCCUAUCCAGGGAAUCGAUUUCUAAAAUUAAUCACACUUUUAUUUCAAAUACAGUCAAUCAGAGCACUGUUCAGAAUUUAUCACUUAGCUAUCUCCCAAAUGCGUACUCACAGUCCCUUGUGACAAAUCCCUUUUCUUCUUUAACUCCCUUCUGCGAUGAGGCUUUGAUUAGAAAGUUCGAGAAAGACUUUAAAGAUUGGCUUAACUAUAUUCUAACACCACCAGAUUUAGAAACUAACAUUGAACAGAAAAUUGAUAUUGCCAAGGUGUGGGUUGAAAACAAAACUGAUGUUCCCACAGCUCCGACUAAAGAAAAAGUGUGCAGUUCCUAUCACAACAGUCAUCGCUUAGACGGUCUAAGAAAGUCUGCGAGAACAUUACUUAAUUCGCCAGAGAUAACGGCAGUUGUAAAAAAGUUGGAUCUUCAAAUCGAUCGUGAACUGAUUAACAUAAGGGAAGAUAGAAGCAUACACCUCAACGUUGGCCUGCAGAAGACCAUCAUGGAAAUCAUCUUGUCCUAUAACCCACUCUGGCUGCGUAUAGGCUUAGAAGUUAUAUAUAACUGCAUAUUGCCAUUGAAAUCCAACAGUGAUAUUGUGGGAUUAACAACAUUCGUAGUUCAAAGGAUGUUUAGGAAUCCACUCAUUAAAAACAAAAAAUCUAAAUCAGCGCCAAACAUGCAAAAUCCUGCGUAUGUGGACGCUGUUAAAAAGUCCCUGUUGAAGAAGUUUUUCCUCCUCGUGUACUUCUUGGAUAAGGCUAAGGAAAAGAAAUUGAUAUCGCACGAUCCUUGCUUGUUCCGACGCAAUGCGUUGUGCAAAGAAAGUAGAGAAAUAUUGAUAAGAUUCACAAGGGAAUUGAUAGCAGCAAUCGGCGAUAUAAAUAAGCACUUACGUCCAACUGGUUACGUUGUAACUCAUAAGCAGACAUACCUAGAUGAAUACAAAUAUGGCGUCAAUAACAUUGCCGUAGAUCUGAGAGAUGGCGUUAGGCUAACUAAAGUCUCGGAAAUUAUUUUAUUAAAAGAUAAUUUAAUGAAACAAUUACGGACCCCAGCUAUAUCUCGGUUCCAGAAAAUACAUAACGUCGAAGUGGCUUUGAAAGCUUUGAGAGCGGAGAACUUCAGUAUUGAAGGUGAAAUUACAGCUACCGAUGUUGCCGAUGGGCACCGGGAGAAGACCCUAUCACUUUUGUGGCAAUUGAUUCAUGUCUUCCGCGCUCCACUGUUUGAAAAAGCUGCCAAUGUUAUACAGUUAUGGUGGCGGAAGAAAUACGAAGUUAUUAAGGAAAAAAGAAGAAUCGAGGAAGAAGAGAUGAACAAGAACUACAAUGCAGCAAGUAUUAUUCAGUUUUGGUGGCGCCAAAUACAGAAUAAGCGUAGAUAUGAACAAAGACUGUACGAAGUUACUCGCGCCACGAUAAUUUUGCAGAAAUACUGUCGAAUGUGGCUUUGCCGAACAUAUUUGGUGCAUAUAAAACGCAGCGUAUUAAAAAUCGAGACCUGGUAUCAAAGCAUGAAACUUAUUCGAGAAGCAAAAGCGGUAUUGUGUCAGAGAAGAGAGGAGCGUAGACAGAAAUCGGCGAUUCUUAUCCAGUCGCAAAUCAGACGUUGGAUUUGCAUGAAGAAAUAUCAAAAUAUAAUUAAUUGUACGGUCAAAAUACAGACACUGCUACGAAGAUAUUUAGCAAGAAAACAAUAUCUGGAGCUGAGAGCUCAAACAGUUUUUAUACAAAAACGGUAUAGAAACAUCUUACUAACCCGAAAAUUAUAUCGUGAAUACACAACACUUAAAAAGGCAACGGUAACUUUGCAAAGGCGUUACCGCGCUCAACUUUUAAUGAAACAGUAUAGAACGAAAUACAAUGAUCUGAGGAAAGCCGUUAUUAUAAUUCAGCAACGCUAUAAAGCGCAAAAACGCAUGCAAGCUGAAAAAUCUCGAUUUGAUAUAUUAAAACGUUCCUGUGUUAUCAUUCAAAGACGUUUCCGAGCGAAUUGCUUAGGCAAAGAAGCACGGAAAGCAUAUAUAAAACAGCGCAAUGCUGCAAUAAAAAUCCAAGCAAAAUACAAGGCCUGGAGAACUAGGCGGGAAUUUAUACGUUUGAAGCAAGCAGUUCUUACUGUUCAGUGCAGAUACAGAGCUCAAAAGAAGAUGCAUCUAGAAAGAUCUAAUUAUAUUUUACAGAGAAAUGCUUGUAUUUCAAUUCAAAAUUUCUAUAGAUCAUAUAAACUAGGAAUACAAACGCGGGCCACAUAUCUUAAACAAAGAAUUGCAGCUAUAAGAAUCCAAGACUGGUAUAGAAGUUGCAAGUUGAGCAAAAAAUCUAGAGAGGAAUACUUACUUUUAUAUCAAGCUGUAAUUACAUUACAACGACGUUUUAAAGCUCACAAAGCGAUGUGUAUUGAAAAAUCUAAAUUCGAUCAUAUGAAACGCUCCUCUUUGGUGAUACAAAGAUACUUCCGAGCAUAUCGGUUAGGUAAAGAAACCCGUAAGAAAUAUUUAAUACAUAGAAAUGCUGCAUUGAACAUUCAAAACUGGUAUAGAAGUUGCAAGUUGAGCAAAAAAUCUAGAGAGGAAUACUUACUUUUAUAUCAAGCUGUAAUUACAUUACAACGACGUUAUAAAGCUCACAAAGCGAUGUGUAUUGAGAAAUCUAAAUUCGAUCAUAUGAAACGCUCCUCUUUGGUGAUACAAAGAUACUUCCGAGCCUAUCGGUUAGGUAAAGAAACCCGUAAGAAAUAUUUAAUACAUAGAAAUGCUGCAUUGAACAUUCAAAACUGGUAUAGAAGUUGUAGAAAAACUCAGCAAAUAAGAAACGACUACAUACGUCUCAUUCAAGCGGCUAAAACGCUACAGAGACAGUACAGAGCUCAGAAGAAAAUGCAAAUUGAAAGACUAAAAUACAACAGAUUUAAAAAUGCAGCUAUUACCCUUCAGAGACAUUACCGAGCCUACAGAUUAGGUAAACAAGCCCAAACAGCGUAUUUGCAACAGAAAAACGCCGCUAAAAUAAUUCAAAAUUGGUAUAGGAACUGCAAAACUUGUAAUAAAAUAAAAGUGGAGUAUCAAGAGAAGAAAAAAGCCUGUGUUACGAUCCAAACAACAUACCGGAGUUAUAUUGUUACGAAGAAUCAAAGAGAGCAAUAUAUUCAAAUCCGUGAAGCUACAAUUUACAUUCAAAGGUUCUAUCGCUCUUAUAACGAAACAAAAAUAACCAGGCAGUACUAUUUGCGACUAAUAUCAUCGGUUGUAUAUGUCCAGAGAAUGUAUAGGAGCUUAUUGGCUAUGAGAAAAGCCAGAAGUCAAUAUCUAAUACAAAAGAAAUCGGCCAUCAUAAUACAGGAAAGAUUCAGAAAUAUUCUUGCUAUGCGAAAGCAAAGAGCACAUUUCCUGGAGCUCAAAACAAAUGCUAUCAUAUUACAAGCUUGCGUACGUGGGUUUAUUGAGAGAAAGAAGUAUCAAAAAUUCAAAACUGCCGUCAUAACAAUACAAUGUAUGUAUCGUCUAAGAAUGACUAGGAAAUUAAUUCAACAAAAUAAAGAAGAAAAAGCGGCGAUUUGUAUACAGAAAAAUUGGCGAAGAUAUGUUGCGAUAAACAAAUAUCAAAAAAAUUUACAAAGGGUAGUUUUGAUUCAAAGAUUAUGGAGAGGAAUGAUUAUAAUGAGACCGAUUCGUAGGGACUUUUUAUUCAAGCGAGAGUUGAUUAGUAAAAUACAGGCACAAAUGAGAGGGUACUUGGUGAGAAAACACUUUGAGAACAAGAGACAGUAUUUGAAGAAAGAAAGGGAAGAACAGAGAAAGCAUUGGGCCGCAUCUAAAAUCCAAGCUUUAUACAAAGGGCACAAAGUCCGCAGUACCAGCGAUAAGUGUUUGGCGGAAAUUCGUCAAAGAUGGCGCGAAGGGAAACUGCAUUCUACGCAAAGGACCCUCGCGGAGAGAAUCGAAGAGGCCUUCCAUACAUUGAGGACAGAUCUCUUCAACAUAACAGCUGUGUUAGAAGCAUUUAGGACUUUAGAGCUUACCAUAGUGUUGUGGCCCGAAUCGUUCGCCAUGAAAGCCUCUUUGCUCAUACAAAGUGUGUUCUACUUCAUGGCUUGUACCAAUCGAUCCAUUUCCAGUGUCGAAAUGCUAAUGUCUGGAGCUACCUUUCUUGUCAAUCUGGCGAGGUACCACGUCACAGGACCGAAGUCCUAUCAGCGAGAUAGAAUUUCAGCGGUGUUGAAGUAUAUGCUGCGAUUCAGCAAUAUCGAGCCUAAUUUGAUUUGCCGUUUUGCGACUUACAUUUGGCUCUAUUCGAAAUACGAGUUUACAAAGAAGGAUUUAACAAAGUUCCUCCAAAUACCAGAAAACCAUAAAACACUGAUCGCAAUCAAAAACAGCACCAGCCGAAUGAAGAAAAUGGCGGCAAAUUCAACAAAACCAAAACUGACACAAACGCUAAACAGAUCUUUUACUUCUUACGAAAAACCGAAUUUUAAUAUGAGCCUAAGAAAUGUUUCUCGUAAAAAUACUACACUUUUACCAAACCUUAAUCCUGACUAUGGAAUCGAAAGGUAUGAGAAACCAAGAUUUUUCUUGGACCCAGAACAGGCAAUUGAAUGCAUAUUUACGACAUAUAACUUAUAAAAUAAUUGUAUUAUAAUUUAAUUAAUUGUUUAAAAAAGGACUGAUAUGUUAGUGGCUUGAUUCUUGUAAGCAAUAUAUUAAUUUAUUUGCAAGAAAAUGGUAAUAAAAAUAUUAUGGUGGUAAUCGAAUCAUGCAUAUUCUGCAUAUAAUGCCGUGAAAAUUUGUCUUACAUUAUUUAAUAGGUAGCAAACUUCUAAUCUUGCAAAAUUAUAUUGUGUAACGUUGGAAAGAUAGUAUGAUCCUUAUUAGCCGAUUUUAAAAAAGUAGUAAGUAUCACUUUUAUCUUUUAUAUUCUUGGAAUUUGACAUUUUAGUAUGAUUAUGACUUCGUCCAGAAACUUGUGAUUGAGAUUAUGCUUUUUGGUUUAAAGUCCAACUUAGGAACGUCACGUUUAGUUUUUUUUUUUUAGGGUAUAAACACAUUUCUGAAGAACAAGACAAAGCUGAACGGUGGCAGGUAUUUUAUUUCUAUUUAUUUGUGUUUUAUUUUAAUUACGAGAAUCGGGUCAUGAAUAUGUAUGAUGGCUUUAAUGUGGAGUGUUGAAUUUUUAGUAAGACCGAUUUGAAUAGAUUAAGAACGCUUUCUUUUCUGUAGGUUUGACGAAAGACAGGUCUUCAUGUUAAACACAAAAAAAAUUGUGCGUGUACUUAUGUACGCGCGCAAGAAGUUAUACAUACUUCUAUGGCUUUCCUUAUUCUUGAAGUUAUACUUCUUUAGGCGCGUUAUGAAAAAUUGAUGAGAGUGAAAUUUUACGAUGCGAGCUCACCGUGACACAAAAUUAACAGAAUGAAGUUGCCCA